CAGUGCUGCACCAGCUUAUGGCUCCCGUGUCUGCAGAUUUGUGCUAUAAUAGCACUGUGGGUGCAGAACACACGGGCUGCCACUGGUCUCCUCCCUAUCAGAAAGCCCUGUAACUCUACCAGGGAUUCACUUAGCAUUUUUCUUCCUACACAGCAAAACCCUCUAUAGAUUGCAACUCCCCCCCUUCCAUUCACCACUGCAGGGAGCAGCAGGCUAGUGAGCCGACAGCAGCUUCCCAUCAUCCAAAUGCAGCAAAAGGCUGCAGGGAAACGGUGAGUAGCAGGACGGUGGAGAAGAAAGAGGAAGGUUCAAGGGAGAAGGAUCCAGGAAGGAUUGGGGAGACAAGUGUUAACUCAAGCAGGAGGCUUGUUCUCCAGGAAUAAAUCAGCAGUGAUGGUGGCAUCUGACCAUGCUCUGCUCCCUGGAAGGACUGUGUGACAGCAGCUGCACAUGAAAGACGUUCCUCGUGGAACCCUGCCGGGAAACCAUUGACUCUCCUCUUUGUUUGCGUCUUUCUGGGCAAGAGACAUGUGCAGCAAUCAAGUCAGCCUGCAGGAUGAGCAAUGCAAGUACUACGCCUAUAUGUUCUACCAGGCGGUGCGGGACCAGGAGCCGGUGUGGAAACUGGAAGAAAUGAGGACUAUGGAGUAUUUCCAUUUGGAGGAAGACGCAAGUCUUAGGUGCUACUCACCAUCAGAUGCCCUCAUGUAUGCAGUAGUGCAUAACCACCUACGCUAUGCUCAGUAUCUGCUGUCUCACUAUGCAGAGGAAGCCUUAAAGGUACCAGGAAUCAAAUUCUGCUGCUGUCCACCCUCAGCUCCUCAUCUAGCGCUGGCGGUUACUUAUGAUCGGAGGGACGUUUUAAUUAUGAUCAUUAAGGUAACCCAUGAGCUGCCCAGCCUUCAGUCCUACAUCAACAGGGCGAGUUGUUUUCAUUUGUCGGAUGGUAAAACACCUUUGCACUUGGCCUGUGAACUUCUGAGUGCUGAAACAGUCUUGAUCCUUCUAGGGAAUGGAGCCUCUGCCAAAAUAAUGGACCGCAAAGGGGAAACCCCUCUGGAUGUCAUUUUGGAGCAGCUGUGGAGUUCCAAAGUCAACGUGGAGUCCAAAAAGCUCUGCCUGGAUUAUCUCUUGCUUUUCUCGUCUUCCCUGAACUUUAAAAUGAAAGAGAUGCUGAGAGACAACCCAGGGUUUUGGAGUCCCCUUCUGGGGGAGGACAAAUUGAACUACCUGGUGGGCAAACGGCCGCCCCGGCUGUAUUUAGCAGCAAUGCAAAGAAUCCUGCGGUGUCUGCAACCUGCAAACUUCCCGCAGAGCAUCCAAGAGCUUCCUAUUCCCCAUGCAUUAAAGCCACUGCCAGGGUCAACUUAGCUCCUCUAUCCUUGGGAAGGUGGGAUUUGGGGUGGGGGGGUGAAAAAGGGCAUGACAGCUUUGGUUAUUCCAGUCUAUUCCUUUGCAGAUGUUUUUAGACCCUGUGCUGAUGGGCAUUGUAACAUCAUUCCAAUGACAGGAGGCAAAUAGCCAUGGGGCAAUAAGGCAGAGGCCUUUAUAGGAAGAGUGAAUAGUAGGAAGAUGCCUUGAAGUGAACAUGAUUCAUAGAUAUCAGCUACUCUCCUGUCAUCAGGGAGAUAAUAAUAUAGUCCAGGUGGUUUAAAGGGAAAGUAAAGCCAGCAGUAAAUAAAGCCUUUGUUUCAUUAGUAUGAUAUAUUACAUUACAGGUUGGCUGCACCAGUACAUAUCAGUUAUUUUCAGCAACAGUCCCCUUUUUUCGAAGCCUCAGACAAGGGGUAUUUUCAGUGUUGGGUACCAGUAUUUUACAGCUUAUGGCAGCACACGGCACAUACAUCAUGUCCCUUGAGAAAAUAAGCCGUAUAUUUAUGUGUUAUAUGUUGCAGCCAUUUUUGCAACUCCUGUAAACAACCAAAACCCUUUCCUGAGCCUGGGCCUUAGAAUAAAUGCUAUGCUCCCCCCUCCCCAAAAUGGCAUCCUUUACACUGGGUUGGGGCACUGCAUUGUUGAGAAAUAAAUGAAGGGAACCCUUAAGACUAAGCUGCAUGUGGGCUUUACUUGCCUUUCAUUGGUGACAGUAGGAGAAAGUAGAUCAAGAUGGCAAAUAAAGGGCAAAAUGGCAACAAUAGAACAAGAUGGAGACAGUAGGACAAGAUGAAAACAGUAACAAUAUGCAACUUGUGGCCCCACAGCUGUUGUUUAAGCGCAACUCCCUGCAUCCAUGACAGCUGCAGGCUCAAUGCCUCUGCCCAGCAGACAGCAUGUGAUUGUGUGUCCCAUCCAUAUGCAGCUUCUGAUAAUCAGACUGGCUAAUAGAUAACAAACUGGCAUGUAUUCUCCUCACUGUCAUCUCAUCUGCUCUUAAUCCUGCUCCCUUGAUAUUAAUGACUUGGCUUGAUGAAUAUGCUAUGGGUCUGUAUGCAAUCUAUAUAUAUUUCUGCUUGCUUCUAUGUAUAUACAUAUGCAGAUAUUU